AUGCCUGCCGAUCAGAGUCAUCCAUUCGCAACAUUUCCUGCAGCACCUGGAAAGGGCGUCAAUGGCCUUCGACCUUACUAUACGCCUGGUCUCUUGAACGACAAUUACACGCCCAUUGUUGGUCAGGGUCCCGGUUCUGUUGUUCCCUAUUAUGCAAAUGACCACGAUGAUCUGAUUGACUCACGCGCCGCUGCUCGAGAACUGGUCAAUUUCACGGUGCUCAAGUUCCUGACCACUGCAAUCAGUUGUCCCUUCGAGGUUUCAAAGACGUUACUCCAAGUCCAGUAUAUGCCACACGAGGAUGUGGAAGUUACGGCUGCUGCUGCUUCUGCUGCGUCAAAAGAGGAUGAUGAACAACAUCAACAACAACAACAGGACUUUUCAUCGGAUGAGGAUGAGGAUGAGGAGGAUUUUUAUGGAUCAAGACAUGAGGCUGAACCUGCACCCACUGCUACUAUGAGCCAUGAGGAUCCAGAAUUCAAGAAAUCAAUGGCUGUGGAUGCGAGUGGCUACGUGAUUCGCAAGAGUGUAUACGACGAUGCUACUCGACCUGCAUAUCAGCUCAAGCCACUGGAUGGUGGAGUAUGGCAAGGAAUUGGUCGACUACUCAAGCAACCCCAUGAAGGAUGGUCAUCUCUAUUCAAGGGACAAUACACCAACUGGCUAUAUGAAAUCAUGCAUUUGUUUUUGCAACCAACCCUUGAAGGCUCCCUGAACGACAUGUUUGAUCUCUAUGACGACACAAUCCCGCUGGUUCAUCUUGAUCGUGUGGGUCCCAAUCUGGCAACACUUGUUGGUAGCAACUUGAUUGUGGGUUUCCUUCUUAGUCCACUUGAAUUGAUUCGAACAAGGUUGGUGGUACAAUCAGCAUCUCCAUUACAUCGCAAGUAUAAGGGUCCUAUGGAUGCACUACGCACUAUCUUGGCAGAAGAAGGAGGAUUGCGUGGUCUUUAUCUCUCCCACAACCUUAUCCCAACGGUGCUCUUUCACACGGUGGUGCCUUUACUUCAAAAUACAACACCUUUGAUCAUCGAUCGCGUCUUCCACAUCUCAGCCAACGAUUCCCCUUUCUUAUACAGCCUUGCCGAACUCGGUCUUAAUACUCUCGAGAUCCUCAUCACUUUGCCUCUCGACACCAUCCGUAAGAGAAUGCAGUGCCAAAUCCGUACUCGUACUCCUGGAAAGAAGCGAUUUUCCCCUGUCGUUGCUUUACGCCCUGUACCCUACACUGGUGUGGCCGAUGCCUGCUAUCGUAUCGUCAAGGAAGAAGGUGGUCGAAGAAAAAGGAAGCAUAAGCGUACCAUGUUUACUGGUUGGGGUUUACGCGGUCUAUACCAAGGCUUCAGCAUGCAAUUCUCGUCUAAUGUCAUGUUGUUUGUCAUGCAUGCUAUUAAUGGUGUCGAUGAUGAAUACGAAGAUUUUUGA